ACUAGGCAAGUGGAGGUCCCUAAACGCACCAUAAUGCAGUCAGGUAAAAUCAAGGGUUAAGUGUUCAAACCUACCCCCGCCCGCCGCCCGCAAGGAGACGGAAGAACUUUUUUGAUUAGCAUAGUAUCUGCCCUCGGGCCGCUCUGUGAGUCGGCGGUUCGGUCCCAGCCGGGGUGAAGCGUGCACUCCAGUCUUGGUUGAGGUUUGACGCAGCACCUGCUUCUAAUCUGAGAGGAACAGAGGCUUACAACUUUGCCGAACAAGACACUGUGGAAUGAAACAGAACAGAAAUCAAAAGUAUCCCAUUUCUCAGAGGAACAGUUCAUCUCGACAGCCAGGGAGAGAGCCUGGAUGCUCAAGUUGGGGAAUGGCAGUCAAUGUGUAUUCUACCUCGAUAACCCAAGAGACUAUGAGCAGACAUGACAUCAUCGCAUGGGUCAAUGACAUAGUAUCUUUAAACUACACAAAAGUGGAACAGCUUUGUUCAGGAGCGGCCUAUUGCCAGUUCAUGGACAUGCUCUUUCCUGGCUGCAUUAGUUUGAAGAAAGUAAAAUUUCAAGCAAAGUUGGAGCAUGAGUAUAUUCACAAUUUUAAACUUCUGCAGGCAUCGUUUAAGCGAAUGAAUGUUGAUAAGGUAAUUCCAGUGGAGAAGCUAGUGAAAGGGCGUUUCCAGGACAACCUGGAUUUUAUUCAGUGGUUUAAGAAAUUCUAUGAUGCUAACUACGAUGGGAAGGAGUAUGAUCCCGUUGAAGCGCGACAAGGGCAAGAUGCAAUUCCUCCUCCCGACCCUGGCGAACAGAUCUUCAACCUGCCAAAAAAGUCUCACCAUGCAAACUCCCCCACAGCAGGUGCGGCUAAAUCAAGUCCAGCAUCUAAACCAGGAUCCACACCUUCUCGUCCCUCAUCAGCCAAAAGGGCUUCGUCCAGCAGCUCAGCAUCCAAAUCUGAUAAAGAUUUAGAAACACAGGUCAUACAGCUUAAUGAACAGGUACAUUCAUUAAAACUCGCCCUUGAAGGUGUGGAAAAGGAAAGGGAUUUCUACUUCGGAAAGUUGAGAGAGAUCGAGCUUCUCUGCCAGGAACAUGGGCAGGAAAACGAUGACCUCGUGCAGCGACUAAUGGAAGUCCUCUAUGCUUCGGAAGAACACGAGGGCCACCCUGAAGAGCCGGAAGCAGAGGAACAAGUCCACGAACAGCAACCCCAGCAGCAGGAAGAGUACUGAACCGUCAUGGCAGCUCUCGACACUUCCGUUUUGCAUGGGAACUUUUCUUCUGGAGAAUUGGAACAUAUGUGGCCUCAAGCUCAACAGAAACCAGUUGUUCCCAACCUGCUGUUAACAUCAACGCACUGUUGCAUACACCAGCCACUGCGCUCAGUUCCCAUUUCCUUUGCCAAGACGCAUUAGCAGCCGGCUGUUCGGCGGCCUACCUGAGAGAUCAUGGGGUCACAUAACUUCAACUUCACCACUUGGCUGCUUGAGAUUGGUUCUGCUCUUUUCAUUUCUUUCCAGAACAACUCUCCCCACCCCACCACCACCACCAACACCCCCUUUUUAUCCUGGUGUGAAACAAUGGUAAUUUGAUAUAUGGUAUUUAUAUUGGCAUUUCUCAACCCAGUGUCACUAGAUGUCACACACAUUUGUGGUGCUUUGAUGUUUGCGAGUCUAACCUCUGAACGUAAAUUUGGUCAAGUAAUAAAUUGGAACAAAGGGAAAGAGAUACUUGAUAUGAAAGCCAUAAUGACAGUGACUUGUUUCAUGGGGAAAAACACAGUUAGUUUCUCCCUCUACUCACAACACUAAAGGGAAAAAAAAUGGAAUCAAAACUAGGACUUCAGGGCCUAGCAGUGUUCUAUGUCAGCAUGUUAGACAACCACACAGUAUGUUGUUAAGUUUUGAAAGACAUUCACUCAAGGAAAACACCAUCUCCACUUGGCCCUCUAACCACUUGCCCCUGCCGUCCCCCACCCAGGUUCUCAUGCUAUUUUUCUUUCUCAGGGUCCUCUUUGGUGGGCAGCCACUCUCCCCAAGAAGCUGUCAUCAGUUAUCUGCAGUCCAGAGAGGGUCUGCAUAGGUACAGGUCCUCCUGCCUCAGUCCCUCCCUCCUUGUGUGGGUUUCAGCCCAAAUCCCGUCAUCCACACUAGGGGACUCCUACUAAAGGAUGACUUCAGGGUGUGCAGCCCCGAGUUUCAGGGUUCUGCACAUCAUGCUGCACACUUGCUGGAAGGCUGGAAGUGAAGACCUUAUUAAUAGGAGCAUAAUGCCAAGGGAGAAUCAUGGUUCUGAAGUCUGGUGUUGACACUGGAAUGACAGCACAGAAAAGUCUAUGAUUCCCAAUACCUUCUGGACUAAGGAAUUUCCCCUCUGUAAUACAAGGACCCUCCUUGUCAUUGACCUUUGCUAAACCACGGCAAUUCAUAAAUAGAGGAAACAUUAAUGAAUUAAAAGCAUUCCUUAUUUUUUUAACUAAUAUUUGCACAUUUUCUUAGUAUCUUUCCAAAUCUUGGCCUUUUUUUUUUUUUUCCUUUGACAGAUGGUAUCCCUUCCUGGAUCAUUCAUUUCACUUGGUUUCUAACUUUAGAUUUACUUUCACUUGUUAUUUGACUUAGCAGGUGCAACAAAAACAAGAAACAAGUGUGCCCACCCCACUUUCCUCUUAACUGAAACGCUUAAAAUAAAUUUCUGAAUUAUGUAUCAUAAAGCUUUGACAUUGCUUUAUUAAUUGAUGAACUACUAAUUCUAAAGUCGAGCAUUGAAGCUUCCCACCAAAAGAAGUCUUCUCAAAAUAAAUCUUUUGCGGCAAAGUGGUAUUUAUUGAGUUAUAUGUGAAAAAGUUUGCUUGUAUUUUUGAGGUUGUUACAACACACUGUGCAGAAUUGGACACAUGUUCUGUGGUGUUUGGUUUCCCUUUCUUCUCUCUCCUGCUUGCUCUGCACUACAGCGGCAGCUCAUUUCUCUCAGGCUGGAAAGCCUGGCUCUCAGCAGUGACAUCCUCCUACACCUGGUUACAGGUAGUGGUUGUGCUAUAUGCAGCAUCAUGCUUAACGGUGUGUCCCCCCCAAAGCCUGUUGCACCCACUGAUUUUCCUUUUUUUAAAAUAGCUCUUGUAAAGAGACACAAUAAAUAAUUCCAUGCAGAACAUAUUUCAGUGGUUCCUAGGCAGUUCUUUACCUACUCUGGACAUCUCAGUAACACCCAGUGCCAGGUGGAUCAUGACCCAAACUCCUGUCAUGUGGGUGCACAUGAAUGGAGAGCAGGGUGUUGUCUUCUCCAGAAACCACUGGAUACUGUGUAACUUGCUUAAGUGUCACUAGUGACACUCAGCCACCUCCGUUCCUCCCCAAAUCCCCAACCUUCUCAGCUAUAAACACACUGGUCAGAUAGCCUGCAAAGAGAACUUUCCCCAGUCAUCCUACUUCAUUCUCCUUCCCGAAGUCUUGGGACAGACCAUUUAUUUAGAGAAGAGCUACAAAUUCCUCUUUCUGUCCCCAUCUGAAACAUCUUCCAUUGUGCUGCAUCGCAUGUGACAUCACUGAUGCUUUGGGGAAUCUUUAACAGCUAAGUUUCUGAGUCCUCUUUGGCUGCACCCCAGCUUCUGUGCAGACCACCUCUUGUUUCCCAGGGCUGCUUCCUUCCUGAUGGCAGCACCCCAUCGUUCUCUCAUCUUGGCAUCCAGGACGCGCUUUCCUCCGUGGCCCCCUGUCACUGUGCUGGGCCGAGAAGUAUCGCUUGGGGUGUGCUCUGCUCCUCCCUCUCGGAAGCCGGACUGCAUUCUUAGUCCCCCACCUACCCACCCACCGUGGCUGGUUUUAGCACUUCCACUGCCCGUGUCAGAUAGGAAGUGAUUGAAGCAGGGGCCAAAGAGAGAGCCCGUCUUCUUUCUAAGCAGAAAAGCAGAAAAAGAAAAGACAAAGACAAACACCCUGUUGACCUGAGAGAAGUAAACUCCAGAAGGGAACCAAGAGCUCCUCCCUUCCCUGGUGAGUAUUUCCAUUAUUCCGUUAAGGUUUAAUAUGCAUUCAAAUUACUUUUACUAAGUAGUACACCAUAAAGCUUUUGUUAUAUAUUAAAUGUAAACUGAAAGGAAUGUAAACAUAUGUAUUGUUAAUUAUAAAUAUAGAUAAGUAAUGACAUUAAUAGAUGAAAAAGUCUUAUUCAGAUGUAUCACAUUCAUUUUACAUUACCCACCUAUUGUCGCAUGAUUAGAAUAGUUUUUUGUCUCUGAAUAUGUGAAUAACUUGACUUGCGUUUAUCUUUUUACAUAUUUAAUAAAAAAAAAAAGUAUAUGUUAAAA